AUGAGAAACACCGUCCUCACUCAAUUCCUCCUCCAGAUCUGCUUUGCCUUGCUGGCUGUCGCAGCACCUGUUUCUGACCCCGCGUUGGGAACAGCAGUUCACGGCAACACCUGGCAGUAUGGAACUGGUGGCGGUAUUCUUGGAUUCAUUGUCCUGGUAUUGGACAUCAUUGUCUUCCUCGAAGUCCUGAAGUCCAACCGGCCUGUCAGCCUCAAGGUUCUUUGGUGCCUCGUGGUAUUCCUCUUUCCGAUCGUUGGUAUGGUCAUCUAUUGGCUGUUUUCGAAUCGCGCUGCCCAUAACUCUCGGUCUGGAUAUGACCCUAUCGCCUAA